GAUAUGCUCUUGCAAGUGAUCAGAGCCGAGGCUGUCUCUGGUGAUAGCAGGGAGGUUCUGAAGGUCUUCAAGCGAUUGCAAGAGUUAAAUAUCACCAUAGACAUCUUGAUGGAAACGGGAAUAGGGAAAACAGUGAAUAAAUUCAGAAAAGAUAAUACUGUUGGUGAUGUUGCCAAAGACUUGAUAUCCCACUGGAAAACAUUAGUUCCUCAGGAAAUACCCAGCUCCCAAACUCAACAUAAGAAUAAGAACAGCCAACGUAAUUCCAGGAAGACAAGCAAGCACAAGUCACCUGAGCUCUCAUGUCACAAAAAGACCUCGCACUCAACAAAAGUGAAUAAAUGUCCAAAAGCCUCAAACGAGAAUGAAAUUUCAGUGAAAACCGAGAUGGUUGAAAGUCACCAACAGCUUCCAGAAGCCAACGGCGAUCAGUUGAAGAUUAGUGGGUGUGAGGCAUCGCAGAAGAGAAAUCGAAAGUCAUCCAGAAAGGUUCAGGAUAAAAAGAAGGGCUCUUCCCAUAAGGACCAAAGUAGAUCCGUGGGAAAGGAUAAAACGUCUACUGGCAGACGUCAAGAGAACGAGAAGUAUCCUGCAGAAAAUUCCCCGUCUUCCCACAACGCCUCCCGUCAGGAGAGGGCUCCGUCUGACAAGGACGCUCGUGAAAAUGCUGAAAAACGAAGCAACAAAUCUGCAACCGCCGUGAAGCAUUCCAAGCUGCGCAGCAAGACGCACAAGCGUUCUGCAAAGGAUAAAGAGAAGCGUAAAUCCGAUGCGUCCAAGAACGUGCCCAAGGUGGCUGAAGAGUCCGUUAAAAAGGGAAAUUUACUUGAAGUUCAAAGUGAGGAUGAAUUUGAAAGCCAACGUACGUCUUUCGAGUCAUACCUGAACUAUGAGGAGCCCCUGAAGAGAACCAAGAAAGCCCAGACCUCAAAGAGGUGUGAAGACGUCCAAAUGUGCAACGCUCCAAAACGGGAGCACGAUGGGGCUGGGAAAUCUCUCAGUGGCGGAAACAAAGGGAAGAGGGAUUUAAAAUACAGGGCGGAACAACGUGGGAAAGAUAUCUGGCUGGAAACUCCAAGCAAAAAGGCAAAAAUGGACAUUAGUGCUUUGCUGGAUAUCCCACUACCUCAAUUUCUGCCGGAAUUUUCCAUUCUGCCCCCUGACAGCCCACCAACAUCGCCUACAAAGAAAUCAGCGACCCUCAACACCUCCUGUGAAUCUACGGAGUUCACUGGGCAAAGGCUAAACUCUAAAAUGCAAGUGUAUUCUGGCUUGAAAGCUACUAACUUGCCCAAGAUGAUGACCCUGUAUGAACAGUGCAUUCGUGUGCUCCAGAACAACAUUGAUUCUAUUCACACAGUGGGUGGAGUGCCGUUUGAAAUCCUCGAGCCAGUGCUUGAUCGCUGUACUCCAGAGCAGCUCUAUCACAUUGAGGACUGUAACCCGAGCUUUGUUGAAGAGACUGACUGUUUCUGGGUGAAGCACUGCAAAAGAUACUUCAAAAGCAAGCGGUUGCUGCAGGAUGAAUCGUGGCGGGAGAUGUACUUGAGACUUUACAGUGAGAGAGAACGGAGGCUGAAAGUGUUGACACAAAGCAUUAGUUCAGCACAUGCCAAUAAGCCCAGAGGUCGUCAGGUGAAGCUGGCGUACAUCAAUACCUCAGCAAAGCGACCUCACAACACUCGCCGGUGGCAACAGGAGAAACAUGGAACAUCUGCUCAGAGUUCUCCCUUCGACCAGAACAAGUUGAAGUCCGUCAGGAGCACGGAAAAGGCCGGGGGUGUUGGGAGAAGUGGUUUUCCGGAUGGCAACCACGCAGCUCAUCCGGGAGCUGAUUCAAAGAAGCAGGGGAAAAAAAUUGCACCAAUGAUGGCAAAAUCUUUAAGGACCUUUAAGAACAGAAUUGGGCCACGAUAAGCUUACUUGAUAGCUGCUGGAAACCGUCUGUGUGAGGGGUGUAUGUGUAUGCAAUGAGCACUUGAACAGAAGAUGAGCAAGCGGGAAAGCCUUACUAUUUUCCGAUGUAAAAUUUAUUUUGUACCAUAAACUACCCAACGGAUUUUGGGCAGGUUAUUUAAACUGACACUUGUUGCUUUGUGUUUGGUGGCGAGUUCCACUUCAAACAAAAUGGGUUAUGUUUAGACCAA